GGCCUAGGCCAUAGGCGGUGGAGGCUAAGGCGUUGUCACUCCGGUCCGGACGAACUCCUUUUCGCUCGGCGGUCGCGGCUAGUUUUCUUCCCCUCGUGAGAAAUCUUCACAUCCAAAUAUUGCAGAAAUCAAUCUCUAAUUGCCUGAUUUUUCGGAAGCAUGAAGCCGAAAACAUCGGUGAAUCGACCUCCCACACCAGAUGUGCUAGAAAAUCCUCCGGAAAGGGAGCCCACGCUUCAAGAGCUCAUAAAUAUCAAGUUGGUCGAGACUGGAGAGAAAGAACGGCUGAUGGAACUUUUGAGGGAAAGACUUGUAGAAUGUGGCUGGAAGGAUGACAUGAAAGCUCUUUGCAGGGCUUUUGUUAAGAAGAAAGGGAGGAAUAAUGUUACUGUCGAUGAGCUGGUUCAUGUUAUCACUCCAAAGGGCAGAGCAUCGAUUCCUGAUUCCAUAAAGGCUGAGCUAUUGCAAAGAAUUCGCACAUUUCUUAUGUCUGCGGAGUCUCUGAGGCGGCUCGAUUAGUGUCUUGGGGGAUGAUUAGUGAAGUUUACCAGUGCAACCCAGAAGACCUGACAACCAUUGCAUGUUACUGGCUUCUAUAUAAAAUGUGGGUAAAAAAACUUUUAUGUUCUCAUUUUGUUGUGGAUUCUAGAAAUCAUAUUUCAUGCAAUACUAUUUACGCCACUUGUCUCGUUUCAUCAUUCGGACGACGUGUGGGUCCAAGUCUUGCUACUAAUUCUUGUUGGGAAAAAAAAGUGUGUAUAUCAGAUAAGUAUACGAGUUAUAUGCACUAUGUUUUACGAUGUGUCUA